UCUGGUCCCGUGAUGCCGGUCUGAGCGCAGGGGUCACGAGUGCCUAGGGGGCCGACAGCAGCGGCAACGGCGACAUGGCUUCAGAGCAGGAUGUGCGCGCACGGCUGCAGCGCGUGGGCCAGGAGCACCUCCUGCGCUUCUGCGCGGAGCUGGCGCCGGGGCCGCGCGCCGCACUGCUGGCGGAGCUGGAGUCGCUGGAGCCCGAGGCGCUGCGCGAGCACUGCCAGCGCGCGGCCGCGGCCUGUGCGCGUCCCCCGGGCCCACCGCCCGACCUGGCCACGCGCCUGCGUCCCCUACCCCCGGAGCGAGUGGGCAGCGUGAGCCGGAGCGACUCGGAGAGACGGCGACUCUGGGAGGAAGAAGGUUUCCGCCAGAUCGCCCUGAACAAGGUGGCCGUGCUGCUGCUGGCGGGUGGGCAGGGCACGCGCCUGGGCGUGGCCUACCCCAAGGGCAUGUAUCAGGUGGGGCUGCCCAGCCGGAAGACUCUGUACCAGCUGCAGGCCGAGCGGAUUCGGCGGGUGCAGCAGCUGGCCGGUGAGCGCCACGGAGUCCGCUGCACAGUGCCCUGGUACGUCAUGACGAGUGAGUUCACUCUGGGGCCCACGGCCGAGUUCUUCAAGCAGCACGACUUCUUUCACCUGGACCCCGACAACGUGGUCCUGUUUGAGCAGCGCAUGCUGCCUGUUGUGACCUUCGACGGGAAGGCCAUCCUGGAGCGGAAAGACAAGGUUGCCAUGGCCCCAGACGGCAACGGGGGCCUGUACUGCGCGCUGGCGGACCACCAGAUUCUAGAGGACAUGGAGCGCCGAGGAGUCGAGUUUGUGCACGUGUACUGUGUGGACAACAUCCUGGUGCGGCUGGCAGACCCCGCCUUCGUUGGCUUCUGCGUGCUGCAAGGCGCGGACUGUGGCGCCAAGGUGGUGGAAAAGGCUUACCCCGAGGAGCCUGUGGGCGUGGUGUGCCAGGUGGACGGAGUCCCCCAGGUGGUGGAGUACAGCGAGAUCAGCCCCGAGACCGCCGGCCUGCGCGCGCCCGACGGGGGCCUGCUCUACCGCGCCGGGAACAUCUGCAACCACUUCUUCACCCGGCGCUUCCUGCGGGAGGUCACCGGGAAGUUUGAGCCCUUGCUGAAGCCACACGUGGCUGUGAAGAAGGUCCCGUACGUGGACGACGAGGGGAAUCUGGUGAAGCCGCUGACGCCAAACGGGAUAAAGAUGGAGAAGUUUGUUUUCGACGUGUUCCAGUUUGCCGAGAAAUUCGUGGCCUUCGAGGUGCUGCGGGACGAGGAGUUCUCCCCUCUGAAGAACGCCGACUCGGCCGACCGGGACACCCCCACCACGGCCCGGCGGGCGCUGCUCGCCCAGCACUACCGCUGGGCCCUGCAGGCCGGGGCCCGCUUCCUGGAUGCACACGGGGCCCGGCGCCCCGAGCUGCCCGGCCUGCCCAGCAGCGAAGAGCCUCCGGCCGUGUGCGAGAUCUCGCCGUUGGUGUCCUACUCUGGAGAGGGUCUGGAGGCGUACCUGCAAGGCCGGGAGUUCCAGUCCCCAGUCAUCCUGGACGAGAGUGGGGUCAGGGCAUUGGGUCCCUGACUGGCGCCCAGACCCGCCGGCCCCCGUGGUCCGCAGGGGUGUGGACGUGGCCCUGGCCCGGGGCCCCGGGUAGGAAAGCAGGCUGCUGUGCCGCUCUGGACCGUGGGACCCGGAAGGAAGAGCCCAGGCUCGCUCCGUCACUCCUGGUUUACAGAGGGACUGCUCCCCUCGCCCUGGCAGCCCGCCC